UCAAAUUCUCUCUUUCUCUCUUCCCAGCUGACGUUUCCCCGCCAAGUGCCAACUGACGGAAAUUCUUGCUUUCAACGCUGGACUGAACCAAACAAGAAAAGAAAAGAGAAAACUAAUUUCGUCUCUGCUUUUCCGAGUUUCUGUCCGGUCGGUGUAUUCAUGGAGAGAGUCCAGUUCAAGCUCGUUCUGCCACUCUUUUUCGUGGCUUUUUUGCUCGUUCCUUCAAUUCGAGCCAUGGAAAUCAAGUACUGCGAUAAGAAGGGUAACUAUGCUGUUAAGGUUAAUGGAGUCGAAAUGUCCCCGGAUCCAGUGGUGAGAGGCAAACCUGCUACGUUCAGUCUCGCCGCUACCACAGGUCAAACUAUCAAUGGAGGGAAACUUGUGAUUGAGGUCUCAUACUUUGGGGUGCACAUCCACACUGAGAACCAUGAUCUCUGUGCAGAAACUUCUUGCCCUGUGGCAAUUGGUGACUUUGUUCUUGCACACACCCAGACAUUACCAGCGUUCACUCCCCCAGGAUCCUAUACUCUUAAGAUGAAAAUGACCGACAAAAGUGGGCACCAGUUGACAUGCAUUGCCUUUGAUUUCAACAUCGGGGUAGGAGCUGUUGUGGCUGAUAGUUGAGAAACUAGAUCUCCCCUUCUAGCCUUAUACCACGCCCCUUCUCAACUUUGCUAGGUUCAUGCAUGCACAGCUUAGUUUUCUAUGGUGGUUUGAAAACAUGCAUGAUUGUUGCAGUUCAGGAUUGGAUUCCUAGGAUUGUUUUAAAUUCACAAACUGGACCUAUCCGUUAAUAAAUAUCAGUUUAUUGGAUCCUGAGAAAGCAAUUCUUGAAACUUUUACUUUGUACCUUGCAUACAUAUCAGCUGUAUAAAUGCCUAGUUCUGAAAAC